AAUUGGAUCCGGCAGGGACGGAUUCAGUCACCGAUUCCUAUUUUUAAAAACCUAAUUCGACUCCAACCAAAACCAUAGAAACCUAGAGAAGAGCUCGGGAGGCGAAGAAAUCAAGUUUUAGGCCUAGGGCUCUGAAAAAACGACCCGAGCACUUCUAAUGACGUUCAAGCGCAGGAACGGUGGUCGAAACAAGCAUGGCCGUGGACAUGUCAACUUCAUCCGCUGCUCCAAUUGCGGGAAAUGCUGCCCUAAGGAUAAGGGUAUCAAGAGGUUUCUUGUGAGGAACAUUGUCGAGCAAGCAGCGGUUAGGGAUGUUCAGGAAGCCUGUGUUUAUGAUGGUUAUAUACUUCCCAAGCUGUAUGCGAAGAUGCAGUAUUGCGUCUCCUGUGCAAUCCAUUCACAUGUUGUAAGGGUUCGUUCUCGCACUGACAGAAGGAAUCGGGAGCCGCCUCAGCGUUUUAGACGCCGGGUAUAUUUCAAAACUCCAAAUCUGGUUGUUUUUCUUUGUUUAUCAGAUCUAUGAGGUAUUCUGGUUGUU